AACUGAUCUCUUGAUCAUGUCCCAGGCACUUGGCAAUACAGGUUUAGCUUAUGCGCGAGUUUGGCACCUGGUAGACGCUCGACAACGUAUAUUGGGUCGCAUGGCAGUCAAUAUUGCGACAACUUUGAUGGGAAAGCACAAACCUAUUUAUGAUCCUGCAUCUGAUUGUGGUGACUAUGUGGUGGUCAUUAAUGCAAGGGAAGUGGUUGUAACAGGUAAAAAAGAGGAUCAAAAACUUUACCGUCACCACACAGGAUACCCCGGGGGGUUAAAAACUAUCAACUAUAAACGGUUAAUGGAAAAGGAUCCUGCUGAGAUUAUUAGAAAGGCAGUUUCUGGAAUGCUACCAAAAAAUCGAUUGAGAGAAGUUAGAUUAGAAAGACUAAAAAUUUUUCCGGAUGAAAAUCAUCCGUAUGACGCGAAUAUAAUUAAAAUUUAUGGUCAAACAUUUCCCAAUGAACUUCCGGAACCUUACAAAAAGCCGAAAAAGAUGAGUCAGAAGAAGAGGAAAGAGUUAAAGGAAAAAAUCAAAGGCGAGAAUGUCGAAAAUGGUCAGAAAAUUGGAGAUGUGAAUAGUAUAAUAGUCAGUGAAAUCGAGAAAGUCAAAACUAAAGGGAACUCAAAUGAAAAUCACAAGAAAAAUUAA